AUGGCCUUCUGGUUACUGCUAUCCCUCUGGUGCCUGCUCGUCACGGGCAGGCACAGAGGCGCUGAACUCGCUACUAGAGACAACUCGGAGCGGGCCAUCCAGGAAUAUUUCGUGGACUCCGCUGAACCAUCUUACUGCUUUGAAUUCACCUACGAGUAUUUGGUGCUUGUGGGGGCACCAACUAACUACUGGCCUCUGCCUCCAUAUGGACAGCCUACCGGUCUCCCAGGUCCAGAGCCUACAUUGGGUCCUGGACCAGGCUCUGGGACAGACUUACCACCAGGUGGUGCUUCCAACUUGCCUGGUGGUGGCGGCGGCGGCGGCGGUGGUGGUGGAGGCAUCACCACGGGGAGGCAAGGUACCGCAACUCUUCCAGGCCAGAGCACAAGGUCAGGAGGCCAGGGUACAGGCACAGCAGGCCAGGGCACGGGCACGGGCGCAUCAAGCCAGGGCACAGGAACAGCAGGCCAAGGCAACUUCACAACAUUCCCCACGGCUACGAGUUCUGGCUCGAUCAUUGGUCCCACACCAGCGCCUGCCCUCGAUAUAACCUCACCGGCCGGUAGAAGCUUCAUUAUCAACCUCAGAAUGUACCUGAGGGCCCCUACCGACACUUUUCUGUCCGCAACAACAGACCCACAGGUUUCCUGGGCAGUUCUCUCAGGCUCGGACUUGUCCAUCAACGCUCCCGAUGUUCUCUCACAGUUUACCCUUAUAAUCCGGAUGCGUGCCGCGAACGCCCAAGGGGCACCAUACGAGGUCGUACUCAAUCUAAGGAUAGAGCCAGUCGUCCGAGUGCCUGUGACAGCCGACAACGACUUCUCGAUCGACCUGAGCAAAUACCUGGAAAGCUCAGCGGACGCAGCGACCAUCGCCACUGAGCCAAAUUCGACGUGGUUGGGAUACACCCGCCCGACUCAGCGCAUUGCUGGGCGCGUGCCUGCUGGGUAUAAAGAACCAAGGACGCUCAUCACUGUCAAUGUUAAUUCCCAGAAAGGAGGAACCUACGUUCGAUACUUCGGCCUUGUCAUUGCGCCUGUGCCAGUGGUUCCAUUGGUUUUGGGUGGCCAGUUAUCGUUGCAAUUGGUACCUUACCUUCUUGCGUCCGAGGACGUCGUCGCUUCUGUAAAGACCAAUCCAAAUUCUACUUGGGUCAACUUCAACCCAGGCCCGAAGACCUUGUCUGGCACGGUACCACGGACUCUGGAUAACAGCUCGGUCAUAGUCACAGCUCUCGCUACCUCAUUCACCCAAGGCCUUGAUUAUUCCUUCCAGCUCGAGCUUUAUAUCCAGGACAGCAGCAAGCCCGACACCGGCGUGCUGGUGCCAGUCGUGGCAUCGAACAACUUUACGAUCAUCACGUCCAAGUACUUCCCCGCAUCCGUUCGACUGUCAGCCAUCACCACCGUUCCCCAGGUAAGCUGGAUCAGCUUCGACCCCGCCAAAAGCACUGUCGGUGGAAAAGUGCCAGACCUGGUGGCCGGAACGGUCGUGAGACUCACGGUCAAUGCUUCAUCUGCCGCCACACCAGGAAGUGAGGCUGCCACUUACUCCAAGAUCUUCAACCUGGAGGUACAGAGCAACGAGGUUCUGAAAUUCAACGUCACGCUGGGAGCCCAGUUCGGAAUUGAUAUUGGGGCGGUUCUGUUGAGCCCGCCAGGUGACUACCUCACGUCCAUCUCAACACUACCUGUCUCGAACUGGGUCUCCCUUGGGACCAACGGCAAGACCAUUGGCGGCAUUGUUCCGCUCACCCUUCCAGCUGGCACCAGUGUUGCUGUCGCCGGUACUGCGUUCAACCCCAGCCUGGACUCUUCCUACAACAAGGACUUCAGUCUCGAAAUCGGGGCUGGUAAAGACAUAAAAGUGCCUGUCGUCAUUGGGGGCGACUUCCAGAUCAAUCUUACGGAUUAUCUGCGAAGCGAUGACGAUACUGUGAAGUUCACUACCAGCCCGCCUGUCGACUGGGUGAAGCUCAGCCCUACUCCCCCGCCGGCCUUGAUCGGUACAGUGCCUGCUGGGUAUGACGGGAACGAACUCAACAUAACCAUCCUUGCCACGUCUCGGUCGAAUGGCUUCACGUACACGAUCCUGGCGAAGAUCGAGAUGUUCACCAACGCGGCCAAGGUUGAGAUCUUCCAAGCAGAUAUACUGACAAUCGAUUUGAGACCUCUGCUCAAGACCCCCGAGGAUCUGGUCGAGUCCAUCGAGAAAUUCCCAGCAGCCGACUGGCUCGUUCUCAAUGCCGAAAACAGGUCCGUCUCUGGCGAGGUUCCUCUGAGCCAACCAGCUGGAUCAUCUGUGAACAUCACGGUCAAUGGUCUUUCCCUCCAGGAGCCUUCAGCCAGUAUCGGACGCCUGCGAGGGGCCAUGAGGGCCAUCAUGCCCCGGCAGCUGCGCUUGUAUUUCCCCUACUCGGUGCUUGUCAGCGUCAAGAUUUUCGAUCGUCCCGUGAUGAGCUCCUCUACCACCCAGUCAGCCACCGUGUUGUCGAGCGAGCCACCGAGAUCGACAGCUCCCCAGCCGACUGGGCCAAGUGGCGUGUCAUCGGGACCAAACCAGUCAACAAUGAGUGGUGAAGGGGGCAGCAGCGACAGCUCUGUACCCCCAGCGACCCAGCCUUCUGACGCGGCGACCUUCUCCAGCGAUGGAGAGAGCGGCUCGCCCAGCACGCCUGUCUUCCCUCCGAGUAGUGGAGGUGAAGGCCCGACGUCCUCCAACGACGGUGGCCAGGAGCCCACGAGUACAGAGCCAACUCCAAACCCUUCCGAGUCGAGCGCCUCGCCAUCGGAGACCGGAGGUCCUUCGUCGGACAGCGGGUCACAGGAGCCGACAAGCACCCCCGAGCCCAGGCCCGAGCUCAGCAGGCCCUCCGCAAUCGUCGCCGCCCUCGUCGUCGUCUUUCGUGCCCAGCCAAUCUGUCGUCGGGCCAUCGUUCAGCUCCUCCCUCCCACCAGGGCAGUCAACAAGCUCGCGCGGUGUCUCGUCCCAGUCGGGCACAUCGCCCGUGGUCAUCCCACCGUCAUCAGGAGGGCAGAGCCCAACGUCUGCAGGACAGAGCUCAUCGCUAGCAGCAACCACCCGGGCGGGCUCUUCGAUCUCAGUCCCUUCGGUUUCUUCACCGAUUAUCCAAAGCUCCACAAACGUCGUCCUGCCGACAUCAGGAGCCACGUCAUCUGCUGGUGUUCAGUCCAGCCCUGGCGGCCAGUCUCUGUCGAGCGCUCCUGGAACAUCCUCCCGAGGUGCCAGCACUUCGGUCGCGGGCUCUCAAUCACCCAGCACCCAGGGAACCUCGCCAGCAUCGAGUGCACCAAGCCAGUCGAGUCCAUCCAGCCAGUCGAGUUCGCCCGGCCAGUCAGUCAGCCCGUCUCAAGGAACUCCAUCAGCAAGCCCAUCCCAGGGAACCCCGCCAGCAUCGAGUUCGACCAGCCAGUCUACAUCGUCGCUCGCGUCCACCGUAUCCACGACUUCUCAGCAGACCCCAUCGCUCGUGUCUACCGUAUCGACGAGUGGUCUGCUGGGAUCGUCCUCUUCUGCGCUGUCCUCGUCUGUGCCGACCACGUCUGUGCCGACCACUUCCGUGCCCUCGCUCGUACCGUCCUCGUCAGUGUCUACGUCGCUGGUGUCAACAUCUUCCGGGGCUGCCACCACCAGCAGCAGUGUGUCUCCGACAAGCUCGGUCAGCACGGGGACACCGACACCCGCCAGCUCCACCCCAUCAUUUGCUUCCCUGAGCAGCAGCAGCAGUGCGUCUCUCACGACUUCUGGGGUCUCAAGUACGUCAAGCCUUUCCACCAGUCUGUCAUCAACGAGAUUGCUUCAUCGUCGACGGAGUCGAGCACCUCGCACGAGACUACGUCUACAAGUGAUCACUCUUCAUCGACGGAGUCCAGUACGUCGCAAGAGACUACGUCGACAAGUGAUCACUCGUCGUCAACGGAGUCCAGUACGUCGCAAGAGACCACCUCUACAAGUGCUUCGUCGACGGAGUCCAGAGACCACCUCUACAAGUGCUUCUUCGACGGAGUCCAGUACGUCGCAAGAGACUACCUCUACAAGUGCUUCGUCGACGGAGUCCAGUACAUCGCACGAGACCACGUCUACAAGUGCUUCUUCGACGGAGUCUACCCAAACGUCGUCCUCGUCCUCGUUCUCUACCUUCGACUCCAGCACGCUGGCGUCAUCCGAGAGCCCCACUACAUCAUCCACAGAUCACUCGAGCACCAUAUACACAAGCCCAAGUUCAGAGCAGACAUCACAAACCUCCAUGUCCUUGUCAACCGAUUCUACCACAAGCCCCCUAUCACAAACAACAGAAGCACUGUCUUCCUCAGAAGACUCAAGCUCAGAGUCAAGCACUCUAAGCCAGACUCCUUCAAGCUCUUCUACGUCGUCGUCAUCAAGCUCAUUAAAAUCUACUACAGCGUCAACCACCGAAUCUACAAGCGCAUCUACGUCAAGCUCCUCUACGCUUCUCCUACUCCCACCCCGUUGCCAAAGUUCGCCUGCGGUCCAGAAGCUUUCGAAGUGCAGAGCAACACACUUUACAAGUUCAACCUCGUUGCCAACGCAGUUACCACCUCGGUCAAGAACCCUGUUUUCACUGACGCCCCCAACGCAAUGGCUUACCACUCCGGGGACGACUAUCUGUAUGCCGUGGCGCAGAAAUCCAAUGCGAACGGACAAGUCAUUCGUAUCGGCUCCGAUUAUGUGUCCCGGGCAAUUGGUGUGACCGUCGCGAACACAACAUCCAUAACCAGUGGCACCAUUGACCCCGAUGGUUACUACUGGGUUUCGUGGAACAACUCCAACUGGUACGCAAAGCUCGACUUGAGAACCAGUCAAGCUGGUACUUCGAACUACGGCGCAACGGUCCUUACUGGCUCCACGAACAUUCUGACUACCCCUAAUAAUAAUGGCCAAGCAAAACAUUGGAUUAUCAAUGACUGGGCAGCUAUGGGACCUACCACUGGUUCCCCCAAUCGCAAUGGCAAGCUCUACACCAUCGCGGGGCAAAGCGGCGUAGGAGGCGCCACAGGCUACAAGUCAUAUCUUCUUACUAUGACCACAGCGGACCCCCCCGUGUGGGCCAUAGUUCAAGAUUAUACUGAGAACGGAGGCACGGGUGGUAAAGCAGAUUGGGGCGCUAUAUAUCCGACCAGUGACGGCUACCUAUAUGCCACGGAGAACACUGUUGGUCGGGUCUACAGGUUCAACCUCAACACUCCAGCCACAGCGCCGGAGUUUGUCUUCCAAGGGCCUGCUGGAACGACCAAUGAUGGCGCCAGAUGCAUUACCGCCAAUAUUACCUAG